UUAAGUCAAGUAAAUCCAUCGUAACACUUGCUUCUGCGUUUUCCUGGAUUUACUAAAUAAGAAAAAUAAGAAAGAAAAAGAAGAAGAUAAAUCUUUGUCUACGUAUUUUCUGCAAUUUCAUUACCGACAUAAUUGUUAGUUUUCAUCCACAAAUAUAUAUAAAUCAAUUUAACAGACUAUAAGUCUUAUACAGAAAUGAGCAGAAAAUGAGCAGAAAGUUUAUAGCUUUAGGCGGCGCAUGGAAAUUUCUCUCUAUUCGAAAGGUGAAGAUAUACGUGGGAGUUCAGUCGAGGUCUAUUAGAUCUCAAAGUAAUAUUCUUAAGAUCAAAGCGGCGAACAGCGAUGGCUACUUCAAACAGCAGUUCCUAUCUUAUAAAUAUCUCUCGUGAUUUCCAAUUAUGCAAAAAGAACGAAAGAAAUAGAGAGAAAAGGUAGGCAAAGAUAGCCAGACUUCUCUCCUCAUAACUUGUCACCAAUAUCAAUUAAUAGUCUGCAAAAUCUUCUUCACGGUUGAUUAAGAGGCACUUGGCGGUCCAGAAACGACCGGUUCCAGCCGCAAAACUCGCCCGUGUCUUUCAUCGACAGCUUUCUGGCGGGGCCGAAAGACGAAAAGCACAAGUAUAAUCCCGGACAAGCGCGGAACACGACGAUGCGAACACGACGACGAGGGGCGACGGAGAGGCAGAAGAGUGGAAGGUGGAUUGGCGGAGAUGCAGCUUAGGAUUCCGAGUAUACCCGAGCAGUUUCUGGUUGGUUGGUAAGUGGGACUAGCGGGGACUCAUAGGCACGUAGCGUCCUACGCGAGACCGCAGUCGGGCUCAAACCCCGAAACAAUCUCAUCGCGGGUUAUCUUCCAUCCACACCGGUCUCUCCGAGCACCAACAGCACCAACAGCACCAACAAUAGCAGCAACGAUAACGCACCAAUAACGACUCGCGAACAGUACGGUUCACGGCCUCGGAAGAGAGUUGAGGAACGCGGAAGAGGGUGCGCUAGACGUGCGAGACGGAAUUUUGUCUUUUGGCAAACUUGGGUGCCAAAAACAGUCCGAGUCGCGUGAUCGUAGCUGUCAAAUCACCGUGUACUGUAUAUUCGAUCGCGGUAGCGCGCGAACCGUAAAGGUUUCCUUUUGGAAGAAAAUCAGAUUGAAGCAAUCAGGGAUCAACGAGAAAUCGGAGAACGAUUGGUGGAUUAGAGCCGACUGGUCUACCGGCUUGUCAGUGGCGUGCAGGGACCGCGAGAAGUACGUCUUCCUUCUUUCCUAUCAGAGAUCGCGGUCGAGGUCGAGGUCGCGUUCAAGGUGGCGCGAGGACGAAAGUCUAUAAGGUCGAGGGUCAGUCUACCUACGCGCUACACGAGGUUAUAAGCGAACCACCGGUUUAAAGGAAGCGUCGCUUAUAUACGGUAAGAACUCCUCGAAGGAAGACAAAUUGCACGCGAAAAUACGGUAACGGAAACGGCAAUUUUCGUAAUAUCGAUACUGUAAGGAUGCGGGCUAUCCAGUGUUACGUUUGCCUUGCGUUGCUGCUGAUGACAGCGUCGGCCGUCCCGGCGUCGUCGAAGGGCGACUCAGCCAAGGUCAAGAAAACCACAGCGAUGACGUCCGGAGGAGGCAAGAACACCUCGGCGAUCACCGCGACGACGGCAGCGUCAAGGCCGAUCGCGAACGCGACGUUACAUUCGUCGUCAUCUUCCUCGACGGCGACGACGACGAGGACGACGGCAACGGUGCCGCAGACAGUCGCUACAUCCGCCACGACGACGCUGAAGCUGCCGGCCUCGUCAACGACAAUCGCGGCGACAGCGACGGCGAUAGGAACGGCGACGACGGCGACGACGAUAUCCGCGUCGCCGUCACUAACGUCAUCCACGGCGAGUCUUCCGACCUCCCGUACUACACAGGAUGGCUCGAGUCCUACCUACAUCACCGAGACAUCGCCGAGGAUAAUCUCGCCUACUCAACAUACCGCAGCCACGGUGUUGUCGUCGAGAAAAUCAGCGGCUUCUGCAACCGCCGCAGUCGCCGAUGUCACGACCAGUUCGCCUUUGACGGCCAAGGAGACGCGGGAAUCGCCCGGAAAGAUUAGACCGCAAAUCAAACUGACAACAAAUUACACCACCGCCAGCGAGACGGGGGUACGAUUGCCGGAGGGAGCGAGCGCGGCGCUCGCAAAACCGACCAAAUAUCACUACUAUCCACACAAUCAGCAUAUCUACUUGCUGCCGGAAUGCGCCGUUCAGCAAGUGUGCAAUGCUGUUUACGUCCGAUUGAACUUCACGCAACCGCUGUGCGCCUGUCCCGGAAGGUAUCGGGAUCCUUGUAGUGCAUCCUUGGACAGCGACGACCUGCACACGACCGAGCUGGUGACUGAUCCGCGAACCAAGGCCUUGACCUUGGUGAAAACGUGCGAGCCGGUCGCCGAGAUGCGAGAGUGCAGAGCGUCGCGGGACUGGUCCCUGUUGGCGUUGCAGAACGUGCGUACGGGAAAGUCUCACUAUCUCGUAAUAUGCCGAUGUCCCGACACAAACAUACUCGAGGGACCUAUGAGCCACGAUCAACCGACUUAUGCCAGCGUCCCGGGUAUUCGGGUGUACGGAAUGAUGUGUGUACAGGGAAACAGAAGGGGACGACCGCUACGAUAUUCGCGCAGUGUUUUUGGAUAUGCAGAGGACGAAGAGAAACCACGUUUCCCUUGGGACAAGGUGCGACAGUUACUGGCGACGCCGUCUCUCUGGGAAUAAUUUCGCGAUGCGAUGUCCCAUCCUGUAUCUGCCAUCGACGAAUUUACGCGUUAAUUUAUAAUGCUAUUAUAUUUAUAAUUCUUCCAGCCAUUCAAAUCCCAUGCCCGAACUCUCUUCAUCUUCCUACCAUUUCCCUCGUAUUACUCUCACGCUUCCGUAACCCUCGAACGGGCGCAUCAUGAUGUAAAUUAAUGUAAAUUAAUGUAAAUUAACAUUAAUUAAUUAUUAAUUUCAUACUACGUAAUUUUUCGUUCAAAGAAUUAUUUUUGCUCUAUCUGCAUUGAUUAAUUAUUGAUCACAAAAAGUUAAAUCAGAGGUAAGGUAAUUUUUAGAAAUGUUUUAAACGUAAACAUCAGCGUGUCCGCGCGAGGGUUAACAGAUACGAUAGGACGAAAUCGUCUAUGUCACUUGUAUUCUCAUUUUUAUAUAUAUUAAUUACUCGUUUUAAGCAUAUUUAUUAUUCAUGAUUUCUAUAUUAUUUAUAAUUUUAGCUAUCGAUUAAUUACACACGACAUACACAAAUUGCAGUGAGGAAGACAAAUGGCUUCGCCGCCUACUCAAAUGUAAAGAGCUGUCUGAUUACGCGUAAUAUUAAAAAAGAAAAAAGAAUAGGAAUAUAUUUGGCACCUGAAUUUCCG